AUGAGCCCCAAGCAGGCGGUGGUGGCGGCGCUGGGCGCGCUGUGCCUGGUGGCCGUGGCGGGACUCGUCCUGCUCUGCGUGCCCACCAAGGACGUGCUGGACCCGCCCGCCUUCAAGUAUGGGAUAGUGCUGGACGCAGGGUCUUCCCACACGGCCAUGUUUGUCUACAAAUGGCCGUCGGACAAGGAGAACGAGACCGGGAUUGUCAGCCAGCACAGCGACUGCCACGUGAAGGGGGAAGGCAUCUCAAAGUACUCCACGAACCCACCGGCAGCCGGGGAAAGCUUGAUAGCCUGCCUUGACCAGGCCCUGGAGGACGUCCCGAAGGCGAGGCACGCCAUCACGCCCCUCUACCUGGGCGCCACGGCUGGCAUGCGGCUGCUGAACAUUUCUAACCCCCAGGCUUCAGGCAGCGUCCUUGAAGCGGUGACCUCCACAUUGAAGAAAUACCCCUUUGACUUCCGGGGAGCCAGGAUUCUGAGUGGGGAGGAUGAAGGUUUAUUCGGGUGGGUCACCGCUAACUACCUCCUGGAGAACUUCGUAAAGUACGGGUGGAUCGGGCAGUGGAUCCGUCCCAAGAAGACCACGGUGGGGGCCAUGGACCUGGGCGGCGCCUCCACCCAGAUCACCUUCGAGACCACGGGGGCCAUCGAGAGCCCCGCCAACGAGGUGACACUGAAGCUGUACGGGCAACGCUACAAAGUCUACACGCACAGCUACCUCUGCUACGGCAUGAAUGAGGUCCUCAACAGGCUGAUCUCCAAGGUGCUGAAGGCUAAAGCUUACGCCCUCCGACUGGAGAACCCCUGCUGGCCACAGGGAUUCAAACACAGUUUCCCCAUGGAAAGCAUCUAUGGGUCGCCCUGCGCCAGCACCGAGAAGCCCCUCAACUACUUCCCCACGGCCACGGUGAACAUGAGCGGCUCCGGGGACCCUGCCCAGUGCAUGGCGCACGCAGAGAGCCUCUUCCGGUUCACCGGCUGCACGUAUUCCAGCUGCUCCUUUGACGGGGUCUUCCAGCCCCCCGUGGAGGGAAACUUUAUCGCCUUCUCUGCAUUUUUCUACACGGUGGAUUUCCUCCGGUCAGUGAUGAAAAGGCAGGUAGCCACACCGAAUGACCUCAAAGAUGCUACGGAAGCCCUCUGCAGCACGCCCUGGAGUGAGCUGCUCAAGAAGGCACCGAAGCUGGAGCUCCAUUUGCAGAACUACUGCUCGAUGGCCACCUUCGUCUCCCUGCUCCUCAGCCGGGGCUACUCCUUCGGCAACACCACCUUCCCCAGCGUAUCUUUCCAGAAGAAGGCCGGGGACACGACCAUCGGCUGGGCUCUGGGCUACAUGCUGAACCUCACCAACAUGAUCCCGGCGGAGGAGGCCGGCUUCCGGAAGGGCACCAGCUUCGGCCCCUGGGUGGGCCUCAUCUUCCUCUUUGUCGCCAUCCUCCUGGGCAGCUUAAUCAGCCUUUUCUGCCUGCUGAAGGCCUCCAAGGGGCACGGGGGCGUCUAGCCCCUGUGGGAGCCCUGACCUCGUCUGGGGCAUAGGAUACUAGUUCUCUUCGGUCCCGCCUUCUCUGGCCUCGCGCACCGGGAACGCCAGCGCUUUGCCAAAACUCAGGAAAGAAGAAAUUGGCAGCCCACCCCGUUUCCUGCCUCCUUUUUCCUUCCCGGAGGUGCCACCGUGAGGGCCCCACCUUCAAGGAAAAGGUGCUGCCAUGGGCAAGGGAAGCAUCUGGAGACCUCCAGGCCUUCCAUUCUUCCUGCUCAAUCAAUCAAUCAAUCAAGGGCCCAUCCUAAACUCUUGACCCAGCAAGACGCCGCCUCCACCCCAGGGCAAACAACCCUGGGAGGAAAUAUCCUCAUGCAUCUCUGUAACUAUGGACGUCAGAAGGUGUGACCAUCCCCGGGAUCUUACUGCCUCCUCUCAGCAGACACCAGCCGCCUUCAAAAACUGAGGUCCUCAAAAAGCAAAUGGGUUUGUCCAAAAAGUGUACUACGGAAACUUUAAUUGGGCCCAAUUCCCACUGGACUCAAGUCCUUCACUGGGGGGUGGGGGGGCUCCCAUCACUUAGCCAAAUUGGUCCAGAUGAGCUUAAGACUUUGUGGAGAGCUCUUUGAGGCAGCCACGAGGAUGUCUGAGUGUGACCCACAAGGGCGGGAAUUAUAGAAACUAAUUGUUAUUGUUUGUAAAUAAAAACCCAGAUAACAUGCUGUUUACCAAAUAUUAAGGUGAUUGUUAAAAAAAUUAAUAAAAUAUAUUUAAAAAAAUAUACCUAAAUACUGUCAGGCGCAAUAAUUAAAUUCAGUGGAGAGAUGCCCAAGUUAGACAGUUCCUGCAUAAUCUUUGGGGCACAGAGGCUGCAAAACUGAAAUGGCCUAUUCUUUUACCUAGGAAUAAAUCACCCAGUAGCGAGUAAAAGGUUGCCCUGGUGACAGCUGUUUCCUGCCCCACCCCACUUAUGGAAUGUCCACACGUGUGUGAAUUUGGGUAACUGUUUUUAUUUUAAUGGCAGAUCGUUGUGUAAUAUAAAAAGCUACACUGUCCAGGAUUUGGGAUUAUUUUUUUUGUAUUCUUUACCUUGACAGUGCAACAGUAUUAAAUUCUCCCAUAGUUGGCUUCUGCAAAAAGAAAUAUUUUCUGGGUAGGCAGAAAAAUGCCUCUAGCACUGCAAACCGGGGAGAUAGGAAAGACGGGGAUGUGACGGGAAGGGUAGAAUUCUUAAAGAAAACGAAGUUGGGAGGUUACUGCUGUUGGCACCCUGUUCCCCACCUCCUGUUUUUCCCGUUUUGAUACUCAGUUCCUACCAGCGUGUAUUUCCUUGUGCUUUUAUACGUCUGGCCCUUGUCUGGCCCUUGACUGUAUUCGGCCUGUUUUCCGUG